UUAUUUGAACACAAUGAAGGUGUUUGUGCUGCUGUUGUGCAUAAGUGCUGUUUUGGCCUUUCCGGAAGGUCUCCUGCCAAGGGAAUUGCCAGAUGAGGCAAUGCCUGAGCAGGAAUUUGUGCCAGUGAUUGAUAAUGAAGAGUGGGCAAUGAUUCCAGAUGCUGAUGGAAAAUUUCACCUUGUUAAUGUUCAUGAAGCACUAAAUCAGGAACCAGAAAAUUUCUUCAAUCCUGAAAGUGAUGUCCAUUUCCUCCUUUUCACCAGAAGUAAUCCAAUUUCUGGUCAAACGGUCAUACGUAACAAUGCUGCUUCCCUGGCCAAUUCAAAUUUCAAUCCAAAUAAUCCUACUAGGAUUUUGAUUCAUGGAUGGAAUGGUAGUUCAGGUUCUACUAGCAACACCGUAGUUAGACAGGCCUAUAUUCGUCGUGGCAGCUUCAAUGUUUUUGUGGUGGACUGGAGUGCAGGAGCAGGGACUAUUAACUAUGCUGCUGCUAGAGCACGCGUUGGACCAACUGGAACUGUUGUUGGAAACUUCAUUCAUUUCCUUGUCAAUUCCGGAGGAGCUCAGCGCUCUCAGAUUUCUGUGAUUGGUCACAGUCUUGGUGCCCAUGUGGCUGGAUUUGCUGGCAAAAACCAUCCAUCUCCAAAUCAGCUUCAUAGUGUUGUUGGUCUCGAUCCAGCCGGACCACUAUUCACAAUGGGCAAUCCAGGCGGACGAAUGGAUUCCGAUGACGCUUCCUUUGUGGAGUCAAUACACACAAAUGCCGGAACCCUGGGCUUUGACCAACCCAUCGGUGAUGCCACCUACUAUCCCAAUUGGGGUGAAUCCCAGCCUGGUUGCGGCAUAGAUGUGUCCGGAGCCUGCGCCCAUGCCCGCUCCAAUCACUUCUUUGCCGAAUCUAUCAAUAGUGACACCCAUUUCUAUGCCGUUCGUUGCCCAUUAGGAUACUGGCAAAUUACUAACCGAUCCUGUCCACAGUCUGGAGCCUCUCGUCGGAUGGGCGGUGAACCCCUCGACACGUCGUCGGUUACUGGUGUCUUCUGGCUCCCAACUGCCUCUUCUUCACCUUUCGCUAUGGGCUCCAUCUAAAGCGUUACAAUAAAACAUUAAUGUGGCAUUGCAAAA